CCCGACUCAACUUCGACGGUGAAUGUCCAUCAAACCUUGGAGCUCAACGUGUGCCCGUCCCAAUAUUAUUUCUGCGUCGUCGUCGAUGCUGAUGCCAUAUGAAACAGGCACUUGGCCUGCAUGACUCCACAACGACCUUGCCCACCGCCGCGUCACAGAGCAUAAACACGCCGCUGACUGCAAACCCUCAGUGCAUAAUCCCCUCCUCCAUGGAACAUUUCUGGAAGCCCUCCCGCACCCCUUGACCGCUGUCUCCAAGGCCGCACCCCAGGCACGCGACACUCGCUUUGCCUCAGAAACCAUCCCCACCGCUUGCACCUGCCUUCGCCGCGACACGUCUUGCCCGUCCUCGCCCUUUGCUGUCGCCCACCAUGUCAACUCUAGAUCCAGCCGAUCGGGUGGAUGAGGACGACCGCAUGGCGUCGGACCAUGAUGGCCAGCCAGACGCCUCGGAAGGUGGGAGUGACGACGAGUCCCCGCCCGAACUCAUGGUUGUUUCGCGCGCCCGGAGAUCAAACGCGGGCAAUCGCAUGUCGACCCUGCUUGCCAAAACAGCCGAAGAAGACGAAGAAGAAGAAGAAUGGGGGGAAGAGUGGGAGGACGCACCCAACGAGGAGGAGUUUGUGGGCGACGAAGCCAACGACCAGGAUGAUUUCAACCUCGACUCCUCUUCGAGCGACGACGAGGAUGAGGGUGGGGAUGACGACGCGGGGGAGAAGGAGCUGAGGAAGGCUGAGCGACAGGAACGGGUCAAGAAACGCAAAGUGGCCGCGAAUCCCUUCGCCGCUAGGCUUGUCGCCGCCGCACGAAAGAAGGUUAAGCUCGACGUCCCUCCCACUCAAUCCCAAACCACGUCUGCACCUCGUCCAAAGAAGAAGUCGGAAAGGGCGUCUUGGAUUCCCACCCCAGAAGAUGGCCCUGUACGCACGUCCUCGCGGCGGCAGACCGUAGCUAACAAGGAGCACACGCUAGCUAAGUUGAAAGAGAAGGACAGGAAGCGUGGCGAUACUCUGGCUAUGAUGAAAGCUGCCGAGGAGCGCAAAGCGAAGGACGAGCCGAAGCCUAUGACUCAAGAAGAGAGACUGACUGAGGCUGCUAGGGUAGAGAGAGUGAAUAGUAAAAGUCUCCACAGGUGGGAGGAGGCCGAGGAACUACGGGCAGCCGAACGCCAGACCAAGCUGGAUGCCUUGAAGAAUCGCCAGAUCGAGGGCCCAGUUAUACGGUACUACAGCGGGCCGGCGAUUUGGGUAGAUGACAAGCUGAAGUAUACUGGAAAAGACGCCCCUAAGAUCGAGGAUCUGGAAGAGAAGCUGAACAAGGACAUUCCUGCCACUUCGGAACCCCAAGAUCACAAGUGUGAUGCGAUGGAACAAGCUCAUCCAAGGCCCUUUGGCCAGACGCAUGUCAGUCAACCUUCAUCGCAGAUCGCCCAAUUACCCCCAUCGCAGCCAUCGCAGCAGCUGGGACAAAGUGACUCUACGGGCUCACAUGGUGUGCCAUACCCAAGCAGCAUUCUGUUUGCUCCUCCGCAGAACCCAGACUCGUUCCUCUUUGGAAUCGAGCAAUACGCUGCCAUGCAGACAGAACCCAAUCACCAGCAACCAUCUCAACCCACAUUAUCACAGCCACAGUCACAGUCACAACCGCAGCCACCACAGAUCCCCUUCUCUCACCCUACAUCAACACAACCAUCCCAAACCCCAUUCCCCCAACCUCAACCCUCGCUAACAGAUGCCUCUCUCCCCCACUCUCAAAACCCUUCAACUGCUCAAUCCCCCCUCGCCUCCUUCCAAAACCAUCCCAAACCCACUCAAGCACACUAUCUCCCACCGCCUCCACCCCGCCGCAAGACCAUCCGCCGCGCAGCACGCACCCUCAUAACGCUGCUCUCUUUCUCGGAACUCGACGACGCGGCGUCCCUUCCCACCAAAUCCCGUAGCACAUCCUCCAUCCUUAAAGAUCGCGACCGCUCCGCCCUCAUCCAUCUCUCCCGUGUCCUGUUCAACUGGUCGUUCGAAGAUGCCACGACGUAUGUCACGGCGAUGCUGAAUGCACCCAAGACGACGAGGGCAAGGGAGAAGGAAGUUCUAGCGCUCAGAUCGAAGAAAGAGGUUUGUGCAGUGAGUAAUUUGACUGCGAGAUAUCGGGACCCUGGGACUGGCAUUGUGUAUCGAGAUGCAAGAGCUUUUGGAGUCAUCAAGGGGGUUGUUGGGGGCGGUGUAAAGUGGUGCGGUGCGCUGGGCUGUUAUGUUGGUGGUAUCCCCGGAAACAGAGAUGCGACUGGAGGGAUGAGAAAAGCUAUAUUGGAGGUCAAGCCCGCGAUGGGCGUUCCGAAGAGGUUUUUGGCGAUGCCGAAGGCGGUGCCGCCGACCAGUAUUGAGAUUGACGGAGGUGCGGUAGCUGGAAAGGGGAUGCAGGUUGACGCACCUGCCCCUACUCCCAAUGGUGAAGGAGAACGGGCCAAGAAUGCCGAUUUCCAAGAGAUGAAAGCUGAAGGCGCUGCUAGUUCCUGAGACUUAGGAAAGAUGUCAAUGCGGCUUCUAUUUGUUUAUGUUGUAUAUACCAGGCAUCGUAGAUACCAGCUUUUCCCUUCUGGAAUACUAGAUGGUGAGGAUAUCAAGG